AGCAAAAUUAAGGAAGAAGCUUAUAUAUCUCGCUGUUUUUCCUACGCUUUUUAUUAAUAACCACUGCAGGUGCAGAGAAAGAAAAUGAUAUGAUUAAUGUGUCUGGUUCAAGUGUUCACUCAGUCCUCGACGAAGGAAACUGGUAUUUGAUAGGAAAACAGGUGAUUUUAAAAUGUAAGGUGAGUCUCUGUGUUAUCGUAUUUUUCUAUCAAAUAUUGUUGUUGAUAGGGUCAGAUCUGGUGUUACCUUCAUUUAUGGAAUAUUGCAUAAAUUCGCUUGAUGCAAAGCUGUUUCAAUUUGUCGAUUAAUCGAUGAAAAUACGAACACACCUUUGCAAGACUGCUUUGGAAGCUUUAAAUCAGCUAUAUAAUUUACGCCUUGUAAAGAUAGUCAAUUCCUGUGUGAGUAUAGUUUGUUAUGUUUUGAACUAUUUAAUUCAUCAUACUGGGGAGCUGGUUGUUAGGUGUCACUGCCGAUUGUCAAAUACUCCCAACUGUUUAUCUCUUAUAGUACCACGUCAGGGAAGUUGUCAACUCAAAACCUUGGUGUGACAAUUAUAACCUAGGCUUAUGUAUAAUUCUCGCGAAUUGCGCGUGCUUUGUUUACUAAAUGUAGUAAGCAUCUGCGUUUAAAGAACCUACGUUAUUACAAGUCACCUAGGAUAAGUCGUAUACAUAGCUGUUUAAGAAGGAAUCAGAAUGUUUAGUUUCUUUUUUAUUCGUGGUUUUGAAGGGUUUUAUUUAAACUGGAACAACACUGGAGCUAAGUCAAAGUAAUACAUAGACAACUUAGAAGAUCAGACAUAGGGUCGGUCAGAUUAUGCUGCUAAAAUCGAACAUUAUACUUUCAGGCAUCACUCAUGAUAUUAUGCUCGAAAUUAUCAUGUCGUUGAAAAACUUGUGCUUCUUGUAAUGACCGACACUUAUCCCUUCCGAAGGUACAAGAACAGUUUCGACUUGUUCAUUUGACCCAAUUUAGGUUUCUGGAAACUGCCCACUUACCCCUCCCCUAAGCCAACAUUUUGCAUUAGGUGAGAAGUAAGUGAUAAUGUUGGCUUAGGGGAGGGGAAGGUGGGCAGUUUCCCAGAAACCUAAAUUUAUCCAUUCAGAUGAUCUCAACAACAACAACGACAACAACAACAACUUUAUUACAACCCAUAAAAGCAAAAAUAAAAAAAGGGAAUUAACGCCAAUGGAUAGAAAGCAAGAAAGGGGUAUUGACCCCCUAAAUAACUAACUAGGAAUUUAAAUAACACGAAAUGAAUUAAAAUACUUAGGUCCGCGACACACAAACGAGAUACAUAGCUCACAAGAGAGGGAACCGCUCUCAAAAGUUUAUUACAUGUACAAAGUGCGUUGGAGUUAUUACAAAUUGCGACAGCUUAGUUUAUUACAAAGUCUUAUGGACAGUUAUUACAAAUUGCGACAGCUUAGUUUAUUACAAAGUCUUAUAGACAGUUAUUAUAAAUUGCGACAGAUUUUUAUUACAGAGGGCGACACGGAUGGACAGUUAUUACAAAUUUCGACAACUUAUUUAUUACAAACUGCGACGUGGUUUAUUACGAAUUGCGACAGGUGUUACAAAGUGUGAUGGAGUUGUUACAAAAAUUGCGACAAUACAGACGAGCCUCCAAGGCCGUUCCUUGUCAUCUCUUUUAUCAACUAUUUAUUCACCGUAUUUAUUCGAUUAAGCACCCAACCUCGAAUUAGCGCCCACCUCGAAUAAGCGCCCAUCCUUUAGCGAGGAAAAGCAAUAAGCUCCCAGUAUCGAAUAAGCGUCUCUCUUAGAAGCAUGAAAAGAAGUGUUAUAUCAAUGAUACUCAGGGUUUAAAUUUUUGAUGCUGGCGAGUGUUAGAUACACCUCGCAAUAAUCAAACUGUUUACUGUUCUCCUAGUACGGACGUUGCUUUUUGAAAUAUCUGCGAAAAAUCUUUCCUAUCCUUCACACAAUCCAUAGUCUGGUCAUGACGUCAUUUUUUGUUUUUCUUGUGGAAUCGGAGAUGUGUAAUAUCGAGGAAGAUUUCUCGUCAUUUAGCCAAAAACCAGCACUCGAACUCUAAUGCGCUUUCUACAUGUACCGCGGAGUGACGACAGGCUCAUAAAUUCCUAUUGUUUUUGCUUCGGUUUGCCGCAAUAAUGAAUGAACUGAUGAAUGCAUAAGGUCAGAAUAUUUGAAGUGUUCAUGCUAGUAUAUUAUCGCUAAGGCCCAGUUCAAACGUCCAUCUUUUUAUGCAUCGAACUUAAUUAGUCGGACUCAAUUCAUUUUCACGAUGUUUAAUGGUCUAAAACGCUUACAAGUGAAAAUAUUAGUAAUUUAUGCAUUAGGUUCGGCACAUGAGAAGUCGCUCCACUGUCGAAAUUCCCACAGGGGGCCACUCGAUCUUAAAUCAUGGGUCGAGCCGAAUUAGAUAUGUCCAACUUAAUUGAUUCAAACGUCGAUCUUUUCAUGUACUUAAUUGAAGGGAUUAGGUUCGGUACGUGAAAAGAUCGACGUUUGAACUGGGACUAAGGCUUCUGGUGAAAAACGUUCUUUGUUUUGAUAAGCUCAUCACAAUUUGUCUAUGUAGAUAAAGCACAAGUUUACGCUUCAGCAGCGUCUUGUGUCAACUGAAGAUUGGUGCAUAAAUAGUACGUGCCUGAGGAUCAAGCAGUCAGUAACCAAAUAAUCUGCUUGCUACUGAAAAAUCACGAUAUUUUGCUAAACCUCGUCUGUCCAAUCAUUGCUUGUUAUCAUUUCAUGCAAUCCGAUCAUGGGAUCCCUGUGCCUUCGUAUGCGCUGGUUAAGUUAAGAUACUUACAUUAAUUUAAUAAUUACUUGUCAGUAAGAAUAAUUAUAAUCAUCGUCAUCAUCAUUAGAAGCUUAAUAAUAAUAAUAUCUUUUAAAAGCGAUUAAUAUCAAAGAAAUGCUCACCAAAGCGCCAAAUGUCUUGAUUUUCAAACAAAUUCUUCUCAGUUACAGUAUGAGAAAUGCAUGAACAGUAGUGUAGAGAAUUUGCCUGUUGAUGUAAACGCGUCCGUGUCGUCGUUGAAAUACAAUUAAACUCGACGUAUGCUAAUCUCAAGGUCACGUAACGUAUCGGUAUCAAAUAUAUCCGAUAUGAUCGACGCGAGGAACUUAAUUGGAAGGUCACAGAAACGCGUAUAUGCGAUUGUCGUAUAGAGUAAACAAAAUAUAAGAAGUGGCAAAAAGCAAUAUUGUUACAAAGCCAAACAAUCCUAAUUACUGUAAGAAAUUACUUAUGUACUUCACCUAGGAAACAAAGAUGGCCAACUGACCCGCUUUUCACCCUCGGGCCGCGUGUCAAGGACGUUAAACUGAUCAGGGUAUUGAAAUAAACUGUAUCUUAACCCAUUACUCCUAAUUGUGGCAAAAGAAAAGGUUCACAAAAUUAUUCAAAUUUCUUUUUAAAAAAACCGAAAAAUAAAUAGCACCAUGCAAAAGGUCUUCCAAAGAGCUUUCAUUUGAAUGGUAACACCAUAGGAUUCUGUCCACAGUCUCAAAAGUUAGAACUAAAUACUAAAUAAAUAGUGCCAUGUGAAAGUACUACUAAAGAGGUUUCUUUUGAAUGGUAACACCAUAGGAUUCCAUCUCAAACUCAAAAGUUAGAGCUACAUACUAAAUAAAUAGUGCCAUGUGAAAGUACUGUUGAAGAGGUUUCAUUUGAAUGGUAACAACAUAGGAUUUCAUCCACAGACUCAAAAGUUAGAACUCCAUACUAAAUAAAUAGUACCAUGUGAAAGUACUGCUGAAGAAAUUUCAUGUGAAUGAUAACACCACAAGAUUUCGUCCGCAAAUUUAAAAGUUACAGUGACAAAUUAUCUCACCAUAACAAUGUCAGAAGUGGGAGGGUUGAGAGAAGAAAAUAAACUGACCUCUUAGUAUUCCAACACUUCUCUUUCACAAUCAUGUUGGUGCCGGAUUAUACCUGACGGUUGUAAUAUAGCAGCAGAGCAUUGUCAGGAAUCUUUUGAACAUUUCUUUUUUGAUCGACGCUGUGUCAGAGAUCAUUUCCUUGUCGGGUUGACCUGAAAGCGGUCGUCUUUUUGUGUUUGUCGAAGAAUUUUUGUUCUUUAUUUUUGUAACGAAGUCACCUGUCAUGUACGUAGCUUGCACCUUAUUAAAAGUGCGUGCACUGGUGGGCCUUCCCAAUUAAAUGUAAAUGUUUCCAUUUCAUAAAGCAAAUAGAAGGUUUAAAAGCAAGUAAAUUCGACUAGAUGCCGGAUAUUACUUUGUAAUGCGCAUUUAUUUUGGCUUCGAGUCAAAUAUAAAUCCCCAUCCUGGUGUAUUUAGGCCGGAGUAGCAUGACACCCUCGGAAAGAUUUGUCAUGGAGUGAAUUGUGGGGUGCGCUGACGGAAAAUCACCUUUGUUUAAAUGUGAACUCAGCCCGCAAUUUAUCAAGUAAAUUAGAUGCGGCUGCCAUGCCAAAGCUGCCGAAUAUUUGCUCGGAUUAGUUUUUCAAGAGUCCUCAACUUAGCAGGAAACGCGGAUAGGAUUAGAAAUUAACGACUGCAGUGAAACGUGCGCUCCGAAAUUUCAUUUUUCUCUCGUCGCGCGCAUCAGGCCAUGGAAUCUGCUAAAGGUGAGCCCGUGUCUUAUCUUUUUGCUAAACUAAAAUGAGAGCUUUUUCAUGUUACAAUCCCUUUUAGUGAAUCUGAUAAAAAUUUAAUUUCCGCUGGUCUUGCGGCAGAAGUUCUCGUAUCGUCAAAUGAAAAUGACAAAAAUAAAAUCAGCGUUGUAUCAUAUAUGUUCGAUACUCAAUUUUAAAACAUCCGUACAAGGUACUUAAUAGACAUACAGACCCUCCGGCGAUAUUCCUGUGAUGACGCAAAUUUCUUUCCUCGGAAAUAUAGCUGUAAUCAUCAAGACUCUCGGCCAUUAGAAAGUUCACUUAUUGGAGGGAAUGAACUAAAAUGGAAAAUAACCGUUUCCCUGGGGUUUUUGUUAAUUGCUUUUAUGUUAGGUUACAGCUUCCUCGAAGGAUUGUUGUCAACUAUCCUUUGUGUUGACCCUUAAAGGAAAAAACGAUUAAUGUGAAAGAGUAUUGGCCAAUAUUUUGACUCAAUUUACGGACUAUUUCUGGCUGUUUUCGUUGGAGAAAUCUUGCUCCCAGCAGUAUGACCACUGGGUUUUUUUUAAGUCGAAUUCUUUGGGUUUUUUCUGUAUUCAGAAAGCUUUUGCUGUUUUAGGAACAUUUUUAAAAAAAUGAUAUUAGAACAUAGUUCAGUAUUCAUGCUGCAUUAAUUCAGUUUCAAAGAAACCUAUCAUUGUUAUUGCAAUGGCUAGUCUGACCUCCCCCACUUAGAACGCAGUUUUGAAUAUAAUUAUUCUUACCUUUUGAUUGAAAUGGAUUAAGUCACUGUUUGAAUUCAAUGCGAAUUUUUGUCGUCUUUUUUUAAAAAAAACGUCUUCCGAUUCCUCAAUACGCAAAGGAACAAUCAAGAAACUUAGCUUGACGCUCUUUUUCAAAACGCACGUAAUUAAAUUGUUGCUUCAUCGCCUGUACAAUUUAACUGUCGCUUGGCGAGUUUCUUAUUACUUCCAGCGCUUAAAUGAUAGUUCUUUUAUCAAAACAAUCGCGCAAACUCAUGAAUUUUUAAUGCAGAAGUCUUAUAUGUAAACUUUAAUAGGAUGGUAAAUGUCGGCACCACCAGCCCCCCCUUUCAUCUGAAGCUGCACGACCUUUGUCCAAUCACAACACAUUGAUUAACUUAGGCUGUUAGAAAUGAUAUGACGCGUCAUCUUAAGAAGGUUAUUGUCCAACACCUCUGUGUGAGGAGCCGGGCUUGUCGUGUUUGAAUUGGUCGCCAUGUCAGCGAAAACAUUUUGAGAUUGUGUUUUGAACUAGAACUGGCUAUUUUAGGGGUAAAUGCCAAGCUUGAACUUAAAUGUGGAAAACGAAAGAUGCAAUUCGUUUCUAACUCCAGGACCAUUACUUCCAAAUUAUAUGUCAACAAAAUACAAGCCAUAACUCAGCUCAGGAUACCCUGGUAUGUUAAUUUUAUUGUUUUUGACCCUCUAAAUUUCUUAAAAGGAAAAUUAAUUUUAGUUUAAACCCGACUUAAUUCAUAGCGCGUAAACCUCGUUUUAAAUUUCUUGAAGACGCCAACGUGUUUCAUCGGUGUAGUAUCUAUUUGCUCUAGCAGUGCAUGGUUACGAAUCAUUUACGUAGAUUUUUAGUAAGCAAACUCGCUACCUCUGUAAACCAGAAGCUAAUGUAUGAAUAAUUCACAGGCAUAAGAUUUUAUUAUAUUAGAAAAAUAUACCUUCAUACUCUAUCUGUUUGCCUUUUCUAUAAAAGAUUACGGAUUAUUGGGAAAAAAGAAUUUUCUCUCUCAAUGGUUAAUCACCUUUUUCGAAGAAUAUCCUGAUUCUUCACUGUUACUCUCAACAGACCAAUUUAUAUUCUAGCAAAAAAACUGUUUUUUUAAUUUUACUUUGAACUAUGAGCUCCUUCACCGAAAACGUACACCAGAAUAUAAAGCCCGGGGAACUGCACAAAAAAAAACCGCACAAAUAGUAGCCUGGAGAUGUUUUCCUUUCUUUCUUUUUUUUUAAGAUUUCAGUGAUAAAAAUAAUACCUUAAAUGCAUUUUAUUAUUCUUUUGCUGGGGAUUAAUUUUCCCGAGAGUUGUAAGUAAUCGUAGGUUUUCGAAAAUUAAUCCCCCGCAAAAAUUUCCAUCUAAGUAGAAAUUGGUAAACAUUACUAAUUUGGAUUAUUCGAGUUUUGGAUUCAACAUUUGAUCCACUAUAUUGGGCAUAAACAAGAGAAACAUUUUCCUCUCAAGCUGGAACUCUUUAGGAUCUUAUCUUUUGUGACAUAUCGGCUUGAAAUGGGAAACUAAUGUUUUGGAUUUAGUUUUGAUCCUGCCUUAAGACUUUUGCAGCGCCGCACUGGACUUCGCUAGAAUGAGCUGGAAAAAUAAGAAAUCAUCCUUGCAAACUGAGAAUAAUUUUAAUGCUACUAAGGUGAAUUCAUCGGGUCAAUUGCGACUAAAAAGUGGAAGUUUUGUAGCGGGGUUUGUACUUCAGAGUUGUUCAGUUCAAUCGAAUAUCAGUGACCCCCUUGUUCGGUCGUUCAUCGCCGUUCUAAUCAACGGUCAUUAAUUGUAUUAUUCAAAAUACAACCGUCAACAUUACGCUUGGGUGACCCUUUCUCCCUUAGACCGAGUUUAUACGUUAUGACUAGUUGAUUCGUUUUCGCUAUUUUUGAAUCAGUGGACAAAAUCCUGUGGUAUUACAAUUUAAAUGAAACCUCUUUGACAAAACUUUUGCAUACGUAAUAUUUAUUGUAAGGAUUUUACAAAUUGAAAUCUUGAUGUUUUUUUGUGAAUUUACUUUGGCUGCAAUAAGAAGUGAAACGGUUAACUAAGGUGAACAUAGUGAACGAAAAUAAGUUUCUCUUGAUAUCAUCGCUAAGCUAGGAAUGAACUUGCGAACGAAACGUACUGAUUGGCCUCAGCAGCUGUUAGCAAUUUGAGCAUGCGCAAAAUUGUUUAUAGCCCAUUUACCGAUUUUCUGCAUUUAUUUAGUCACCCAAUGUCUAUUAUUUAAGCUAUUUUCCAUUCUUUCAGGCUUAAAUGGAAAGGAGCCUUUUAUAAUAUCUUUCAGUGGCCUUCUUUUUUGUGUUUCUUGUUUGUUUGUUCGAUUUUAGCUGUGCGAUUCCGUAACUUCUUUUUAUAAUGAUCUUAUGAAAAUUUCUCAGCAAGUUGUUCAGGAACAGUUUAUGACUCGGAUUCAAUUUUUUUUCUUGAAUUCGGAGCUUUCUUUAGAAGUAAUCCAAACAUUUAGACGUUUUAUCGUGUCUGCAUGCUGUAUAAAUGUCAUCAAAAUAUUGCCUGCUAUAAUGACAGCCACUGUGUAUCAUCUAGAAGGAGAUAAAAACGUUGUCUUACCUUCGAUACUUUUAUCAAGAGAUGGCUUCUAGAAAGACCGAGGUAAACGUUUCUUGAGAUGCGUGUAUUUUUUCUGCGCAGCAGAGCGCGCGCCUGACAUGAACGAUUUUAAUUUCUUUCGCUCGCAAUCCGUUUAAAUGGACAGAAAAGCAGACUUAGCGAUCUUUAAUUAUUGGCAGCCUUAAGUGCUCUAUUGUUGUCGAUUCAGGCAAAUAUGCCAGGUUUUCCUUUCAUUAUACACUUAAACAAAAAAGGAAUUUCAUGGUGAAUAGAGACAGGAGACCCAUUUUAAGUAUUCAACUGUCAGAGUUCCGUUUCCAACGUCGUUAGUUUCCAAAGGUUGUUUUUGAAGGUUGUCCUUUAUUUAGAGGCCUUCCGCCGUCAUUUGUUCGUCUCCGCCGGCAGCAUUUCCCUGUCUUGUAAACAGCUUCACGCUCGAUUUUAGCCACUUUAAAUUUUCCGCAAAAAUUCUCCUUCGACGACGCCCUAGAAGUUAACAUAUGCAGGUAAGUAUACCUCGUUUAGGUGCCAAAGAUGCUUAAGAACUAACGCUCCCAAAUAACGACAACUCUAGCGAUUAAUUUACUAUUUGUUCUUUCAGACUCGCACGAUACUCAGCUAAAAACUUCGCCUGUCCUCGAGACGAAAAUGAACGAAGGUACGAGCCGAACGUCAAAAGUUCGUUUCUCUGCUAACACGGACACCUUUAGCGAAGAUGAAGAAGCGGACAUUCGCCAUAAACGUCUUCUGCGUUACUUCUAUAAGGGAGGAAGAAGAUAUAGUGAAGCAGAAAAGGCUUUUUUAAGUCGUGUCAGGAUACCGUCAGUUGGACUUCUUGCCGACGGUGAGACAAAAGUGGGACGGCUAAGAUUUUUUGACCCAGGAGGUGAGUAAUUUAAAAUAAUCAUGUUUUAUUAUUACUUUCAUUCAUUCCUCGAAAAUUGUACUUUAAAGGCUACUGAGAAGUAAAAGCCGAGGUAAAAGCUGAAAGCCAUCUUAAAGAUUCCGACAUCUCGCGUGGGGUUCAAUAAAUAUCCAAGAAAAAAAUAAAGCUUUUCGUCUUGUUCUUGGGUUAGCGUCGCCGGUAAUCUAAUUUUACGGCAAAAUCAGUGUAGCUCCUUACAAUACUUGCCUGAUUAUUAAAAAUUGCUCGAGAGUGAAACUGAAUAACGUUUUAAGCGCGGCCAAAUUUCCGGGAAUAAUAUAAAAAAACAUCUUCAAAAAAUGCUUCACGAAGAACUAUACUGCGAUGUGUAUGUCACAAUUACAGAAUCUUUUGCACAAGUAGUUAAGAUGGCUCAUUUUGACAAUAAAAACACCGCUCUUCGGUCUUGCUGCUUCCGAUUCAUAUCGAUUUUAUCUGAAAUUUAUAUAUACUUUUUACUUCAUUUUUUUCAAAAAUGGGAAAAGCAUACACUGACUGAAUUACUGACCAAGAGGUUUCAUGACGUUCUUCGCGGCAGCAGUUAUUUAGUUUAUCUCUCCUAAAUCUUGAUAAAAUAUUCGCUGUGUAUUCGAAAUGAUAUUAAUUACUAGUUGAGGACGGAAAUGAGACAAGGUGAUGAAGACCGAGCUUUUAAUUUAACUGAUGUAAAAAUAUCUUUCCCACAAUAUAUCAGUUUUUUUAUUAGCGUAAAAGGGGUAGUUUUUACACCACCAAAUGAAAUUGCGACCGCAUUUUCAAUGUCACUAAAAUUAGUCAAAGCUUGGGUCAUGAAAUUUGCGUUGCAAAUUUCAGUUUUUUUCUCUUUUUGCCUCGACACAAAAAGGCAUUUAACGCCUAGUGUUCAAAUGAAUUUAAGCCACUCAGUUAUGAUCAGUAAUGGUGUUAGGGAAAUAGGAUGUUACAUUUCUGCCAUAAACUGAACGACCGAACGUUGUCUAUGUCAUAAAUCAUGCUGCGAGAAUAGACAUAUGUUUCUUACACAGCUUUAAAAUUCGCGUGAAUGAAUUACUGGAUAAUACACCUUAAACUGAUUAAAGAAAUAUACUUUUCCUUCGACAGACCUUUAUUAUGAUUUGACGCCACUUCUUCUUCUUAAGGGUUUUUCUUCCAGUCGCUUUCAUUAGCAGAUAACGCUGCCACUGUCACGCCUACAAUGUGACGACUGUCGGGAUAAAAACGCUUCUUUAGCUUGACAUAUUAAGAUGUACUUGGACAAAUUCGUCCUCCGUCUUUCUUGAUGUGUUCAAAUGUCAUUCCAAUUUCACCCGUACCGAACGAGAUCUUUGAAAAAUUCAUCGGCAUGUUGUUUUUUACCUUUUAGAUCUUGGAAAACGCUGUUUCUACGAUUCGAAGUGAUGUUCUUGUCAAUUUUUAAGUAACUUAACGAACAGUGCAAAAUGGUUCAAACCCAAGGGUUAACAAUGGCCGUUUGUUUAUAACUACAGCUAUACAAGGCUCCUUCUGAAUUUAUGAUUUGACCAGUUGUUUUUAAUUCUCAGAGAUACACUCACUGUCUAUUUGAAUUCGUGAAGUCGGUUUAAGAAAGCGUAGAAUGGCUCUGAGGGUCCCCAGGGUCAAUGAACAGUAGUCCUCUUCCAGGCAAAAGGUGUCUGAAGGCUUUGAACGAAAAGUUAUCUCGAGUUUUUGAAAAAUGGCCUUUUUGUCGUAGGCGAAAACUGGCAAUAAGACUAAUACUGCUCACAAGCCUAUACGUUCGAGGAAGUGUCUUGCCGCAUUGCAGACUUAGAGCCUCAUUAGCCAGUCUGUAAUUUUCACUUUUCCUCUACUCAAAAAACUAUCAAGCAUAACCACUGCAAUUCAAACGCAGGUGGCGAGAAGAAGCCAAAACCUGGUCCUAAACCUUACCAUUAGCUCCCAAACUUCAGUUAAAGGUAGAUCCAAGUUAACAGCGAUUUUUGGUUUUUUAGACUGGCUUUUAAGGUCCAUUAAGAUCUUCUAUUCUGCCUUCAAGUUUUAACAAAACUGUUCAGAAAUCUAUGUGCCCUCUCAACAACUUGUUAGUAUUGAAAUAUCCGUUCUCUAAUAGCAGUGAAAGGGACCUUAAGAUACGCGAACGGGGGGCUAGGACUGCAACGGGGCUGGACGAGUAAGACUAGGUCGAGCCUCGUCGUGUCCGCCAAAGAGAAAAUACUUAGGAGCAAGCAAUUUUCACUUGGGAAGGCAAUGGCGAUAUUCACAUUUCACGAACAAAUAGUGUCGACCUUUAAAGACGCUAGGACCCUUCUUCUGGAGAGCUACUUAGACGGAGUGAUAGACGACGAUGAAUUUAUUCUUCUACACGAUGAAAUCUCCAAGAACCCGGAAUUGCCAUAUGAAUUUAUUUUUUAUCAUUAUUUGCAAUACAAGAAUACGGAAACAACACAGUUAACUGCUCUGGUGCCACUUCAAUGCUGCUUAUGUCGGUUUCAAUUCCACUUGCUUUUUUUUUCUUUUUUCAAUUUGAUUCUCAGUUCUCUCACAAUUUGGUUCAAGUUUUCAGCGACCUCUUCCCAUUUCUUUCCUCUCGCAACUGUGCUCUUUUUUGUUUCAGUGAAGGGAUCAGAAAACAUGAUUUACCGGCGUAUUAUUUCGUCGUGAAGAGAACUCCGCACCAUUGGCUUCCUAAAAACAAUUAGAAUCUACACUCAAGCGGAAUCUGUAGUUAAAAAUGAAAUUGCUUUUCAACUGAAAUGAAAUUGCUUUUCAAAAGGUAAACACCGGCCGACUGUCAGGAGGUACAAGUCAAAGUAACCUUCGCUAAACUUUACGGAUUAUCACUCCACUGUAGCUGGAUCUCUUUUAACUUCACUUACACUGAUUCACUUUUCUUCACUGGGCACUCAGGAACAUUCAUGGUCGCGACUGCAAAACACAGCAAACAAUGGACAUAAAUUAUGGCCUUUUUUUCCUCAUUUCGAAAUAUUUCCGACAAAAAUCGCGAAGAAUAUGGUCUUUAAAUAUCAAACACCAGGGUCAGCAUAUCUGAAAAGCGAAUCGAUUGUGUCUUAUUGUAGAUAAAAACAAGCCGAGAAUACUAACGUUUUCGAGAUGACGGCAAAACAGGCUAAAUGGCGUCCUCGACGAGACCAGGACGGCAAGAACACGAAUUUGGAGUUUUUGUGCGCAGGCCUCAUUGUGUAAAUUUACUUCCGGUAGCCGUCGUGGCUUGUCCCGUCCUCAUAUCUUAAGGUCCCUAAAGAAGCGAUAAAGUCGGCUGUUUACACGUUUUUUUAAUUUCGAAACCGGAACCAGUAGAGACAGUGACAUGAACUCAACAUCUUCAGAAAUCAGUCACAAUGUCGUUCCUCCUCAUGCAUAUCAAUACCUCAUCCUCUAAGGCGAAAUAUACAACUCGCGUUAUAGUGAGUGUUAAUGAUAUGUGAAAUAAAUCACAUAUGAACUGCGGAUAUGAAAUGAAAAUGAAGAAAUGAUCGUCGCAGGGAACGCAAUUUAUGCAAUUACGUAAAGAAGGCUGAAAAAAAUUCAGGACUUCAACGGGGUUUGAACCCGUGACCUCGCGAUUACCGGUGCGAUGCUCUACCAACUGAGCUAUGGAGCCACUGACGUUGGGAGCAGGUCAAUUGUGGGUUCAGCUUUCGUGUAAUUCUGUUCACGAAAAAACACGAGAAAGCAUUGUUUAACUAAAAAAUCCCUUGCCACUCAUCAUGAAUAUUCAAAAUAAAUAUACCUUUCCCUAAAACAACAUGAAGAGAGCCAUAUUUUGCGUAGUGUACCCUUUUAGUCCUGACUCUCCCGUCCGUUCAAUGGGCAUCCCAAAAAACUGCCGUUGAAUACAAUCCGUAAGAUACUGCAGAAUAUUUUACAGCUUUCUAUCUCUGUGUUUUGUUAUAGCGUGGAAUAAAUUGUGAUAUUUAUGGCUUAUCUUAAUAUUCUGUUUGCAGGUGACAAGCUCUAUUACUGGUUGCUAAUAGUCUCCAUAGCUGUUGUGUAUAAUUCAUGGGCGCUUAUAUUAAGAACCUCAUUCCCUGAAAUCCAGGAACGACACGCGAUUAUCUGGAUUGUAAUUGACUAUUUUUGCGAUGUGAUCUAUAUCGCGGAUGUGUUUGUGAGCUCAAGAACAGGAUACAUGGAGGACGGAAUCAUGCAAAGAGACAUUCAAAAAAUGCGCCGGCACUACUUGCACACGUCAGCCUUUUAUUUAGACGCCGCGUCAAUUGUGCCUUUGGAUAUUGCGUAUAUUUUCAUAAAGCACGAGCCCGCGAUACGCAUGAACCGUCUGAUAAAAUAUCAUCGUUUCUGGCGAUUUCUUGAUCGCACAGAGAGCAGAACCAGCUAUCCGAAUCUGUUCAGACUGGCUUCCUUAAUGCAGUUUAUUCUUGUUUUAAUUCACUGGAAUGCGUGUAUUUACUUCAUCGUGUCGCGGGAAAUUGGGUUUGGCACGGACACAUGGGUUUACCCAGGAAUCAACGGAACCCUAACUGAAAGACACCUGUCACUCACAAGAAAAUACAUAUACUCUUUUUAUUGGUCAACUCUGACGUUGACGACAAUUGGAGAAGUGCCGCCACCCCACACUAACGUGGAGUUUAUUAUUGUUACGCUUGAUUAUCUGAUAGGUAAGUUGUAAAUAUUAUUUUGCUCAUGGAGUAUGAAGGGGCCUUUCUAAUAAUUUGGUAAGGAAAUCUGCUACCAAGGAUAAGGUAAGGUCAAAGUGCGAAGCGUCCGUUUCUGAAGCUGGGCGGACUGUGCUGGGUACUAUUUAUUGGAUGCGAAAGAACACAAGCUAUAAACCAAUCACGCAGCUUUUUCUACCUGAGAGGUAUUAUUCUCUGUGUUCAUUAUCAACGGAUUUGCCACCAAACUUUAAAAUUCUCUCCGCACAAAAAUAUGCAAGAUAAUACUCUUCCGUCAGUUUUGUCCAGAAAUGUACGGAUUUUGGAAGGGUUCUGAAAGCCGUCAAAAGUGCAGUGCAAUUGAACUUUCGAGCGACAUAUGUGAUUUAGGCAGAUGGAUAAUCAGAAUUCAAUUAUGCUUGUCAUUACCAUGGUGCAAUAUUGGUCCAGAUUAUCUUGGCCCAACAGUCGUCCAGAUUUCUUGGCCUUACUCUAUAUUAUCUUUGCCCAACAGUGGUCCAGAUUUUUCAUGGCCCAACUGUAGCCCAGAUUACCAUGCUGCGAUAGUGGUCCAGAUUGUCUCGGCCAAACAGUAAUCCAGAUUUUCUUGGCCCAACAGUGGUCCAAAUUUUCUUGACCAAACAAAAAUUCAGAUUUUCGUGGCCCAACAGUGUGGCAGAUUUUCUUGACCCAACAGUGGUCGAGAGGUACCAACAGUAGUCGUAUUGACGGAGUUCCACUUCAUCCCUUCUUUGCAGGUGUACUUCUUUUUGCCACUAUUGUAGGAAAUGUGGGUAGUAUUAUCACCAAUCAAAAUGCCGGUAAAGUAGACUUCCAAAACAAGAUGGACGGUAUUAAAGCUUACAUGCGUUUCCACAAAAUCCCUCAACAUCUACAACAGCGGGUGAUUAAGUGGUUCGAUUAUUUGUGGAUGAACAAGAAACAUCCCGAUGAAGAGGAGCUCCUGCACUCUUUGCCAGACAAACUCCGAGCUGAGUUGGCAAUCCACGUGCACUUAGAUUCAUUAAGGAAGGUUGCUAUCUUUCAGGACUGUGAGGCGGGGUUUCUUAGCGAGCUGGUCUUGCGUCUUCGUCCUCAACUAUUUUCACCAGGUAAAUGAAAAAAUUUCUCGUGAAAAAUUUAAGAGAAGUGCUUCACUUAAAUACUGAGAUAGUAGCAAGUAUUUGGUAAUCUUGGGCAAUCUCUUGAAAUCUUGCUUAUAAUAUUUUUCGGCUAAGCAUCAAUAAAAAUUGAUGAAAGUUUGAGUACCUUUAUAAAUAGCAACGAGUAUGAUGUUUUGUCAUGAUGAUGCAGCAAGUAAACUGCCAUUGGCUGUAAUGAACGUGAGCGUGCAAGACUGCAAUGGGACGGUCAUUCACAAAUGUUCGUAACAUUUCAUAUACUUCAGCUCACGAAAUCACUGCCCUCUUUUAUAUGUUGUUUUAUCCUUGGUUAAAAUUUUGUUUUCAUAUGUUUUUGGGUAUGUUAAUGCAUGAUAAUGACAUGAUAACGAGUUUGAAACAAACGAAAAUGAAAUUUAAACCAAGGAUAAAGUUGAACCACAAAAUAUACGAAAAGCCUAAAAAGAGAUAUCCCUUUCAGGCGGAGCCUCGCCGUGUCCCCCGUGAAUACGAGCCCGUGCUAUUUAGUCUCAGUGCAACCCGUUCUGAAGACAGUAUCCGUUUUUAAUUGUGUAUACUACCUUGCUCAAAAUUGAAUAGUAAUUAUAACCUGGAACAAACAAGGGAGGCUGACCAUAAUGUUUUGUGAGUGGAUUUAUUCAAGAAAAUCAGAAGUUAAGCUGUGUUUCGUUUUUCUUAACCUACCUUUUUGCUGUGAGCAGUCUCUGUCAGUCAGAUAAAACACUACCUCACUUGUUCGAUAUGUUAACUAUAGCAUUUUUUUUUUACAGGUGACUACGUCUGCAGGAAGGGCGAAGUAGGCAGAGAGAUGUACAUCGUGAACAGGGGCAAGUUGGAGGUGGUGUCAGAAACAGGCACCAAAAUCUAUGCUGUGUUAGAGGCCGGUAGUUACUUUGGAGAGAUAAGUGUUUUGUGCAUGAGCGCCGCUGGAAAUCGUCGGACCGCUUCGGUCCGCUCCGUAGGUUACUCAGAGCUUUUUUGCUUGUCGAAGAAUGAUCUCAUGGAAGUGCUCGACGAGUAUCCUGAGAUCAAAACAAAGAUUGAGAGCAUUGCUAAGCAAAGGCUCGAGAAUGACAAGAGACGCACGAGCGUGCUUUUGUCAAAUAAGCACAACAGAACUGAGACAGACUGCGCUGACUCUGAACCGAGAGUAAAAAGCCGAUCUUUUGCUAAGAUGGAAGAGAAAAUUGCCACCCUCGAGAGAGAAAAGGAGACCCUUUUAACAGAAUUGAAAAAGCAGAGGGAAGAGUUUUCUGACAGACUAGCUGACCUAGAGUGUUCCAUGUCGCAUCUUUCACGCGAGCGGCGUGGAGACAACGUUAGACCUGCUUCAAGAUCUUUUGAUUUCGUUUGGAAGAGAAGAUAACUGGUGUACUGUUCUUGACAGGAAAGUUUUGAAUGUUUUGAUACUUAAAUCAGCCUUUCACAAGAGAAGCUAUGAAAGAAAAAAAGAUGUUCACACAAUUCUGUGAGGUUUAGAGGAAGAAUGAUUCACCUUGAAGCACCUGGAUACAUUUAUUCAUGUACGUCUGUCAAGCAUGGAUGAAAAACCUUAAGGCAACAGACUGGUUACUGUAAAUGGUGAACCAAUUAGUGCAUGAAAACUUUGUAAUGUUUGCACUAAAAAGCAAAAUUAAGAGUAUUUGAAGUGAUUCAAAAAAUGGUCGUCGACCGGAAAUGAUUGCUCGAGUGAUUUUUUUCGCCUUUGGAAACUUUCAAACUGAUGCAUAUGUGUCGGCGUUACGCUUCCUGUACAACGUUAUUUUUUAUAACGCCUUUGUGCAGUUUUAAUCCCGCUCGAUUGAAUUUAACUCUUCGCAAAAAACUGGCUGUGCACAGAGUCAAGCCCGGUAACUAAUAGAUAUGCCCAUGAUUGAAUGCUAUCACAGGUACGAUCCUUUUUUUACAGUCAUCCUUAUGGAUAAAAGUUUACCAAAGAAUUGUUAGAGUACCAAGAAUGAAGUGGUAUGAAGAUGCAAUUGAGAAAAUACCGAACAAUAACCGUGCUAGGUUCUGACAUGUUUAGUGACUUGGCUUUCUCGUUCGCCAAUCGGAUGCCUACCCAAGAAGUAGCGCCAACUGCCUUUUUUUAAGCGCUCAUCUGAAACUCGGCUGACUAAAUGGAAGGCUGUUGUCGAAAGGAACUGCCUACUUGGACACAGAUAGCCCAAGCUGCAAUUUUCGAUCGGAAAAUUCGGAUUUAGACUGUUUAGAUUGAUGAAACGAGCCGCUGCCAAUAUGAUGCGACAUUUAGUCGUGGCCUUACUUGACAAUGCCUACUUUUUGGAAAUAUUCUGAUUCUGAUUUAGACUGUUUAGAUUGAUGAAAUGACCGCUACCAAUAUGAUGCAACAUUUAGUCGUGGCCUUUCUUAACAAUGCCGACUUUUCGGAAAUAUUUUUUAAUGUUUUAAUCCUGCUUUCUUGUCUUGUGAUCAGUGAUGUACUAAUCGAAUUAACACUGUCGUUUUCAACUCAUAGGUAUAAAACUCGCCUUUAUUAGAAACAACUUCAAAAGUGGUAGAAUGGCAAUUUAAUUGAAAAGCAGGAAUUUUCAGCUGUUUGCCACCUUAAACUCGUUACCUUAAACAUGCAUAGAGAUGUUAAUAACAGAACGUACAGAAUUGAGGUUUAAUUAACAUCAAUUAAAUGUCCUUAUUUAAAGGCCAUAUUAUCGUAGAACACUGCGCAUGUUUGGCGUCAUUAAUUAAUUAGGCACCUUGACCAAUCUCGACCCCGGAGCUCUUUUGCGCAUGACGGCCAGGGUAAGCACUGGGGUCGAGAUUGCUGGACUACGUAAUCCCUUUGGCAAAUCAUCGGCAAGGGUAAUAUGUCUACGGGUAAUUAGGUCAUGUA